GCGUUUAUGCACUGGCUACAGUCUGUAUCAAACUGUCUGUCGAUCGAACAAUUUCUGCGCACUUUUCCCUUAUAAGAUGGGAACCAAUUAUGCUAAAGCUGCAAUAAUUGAUAUGGGCAUCCAAUGGACACUCUGUGCUAUAGCGACCCUAUUAAAAACGGAGAAAUUCUAUGAUUUGGCAGGAAGUUCUACGUUUAUUUACCUAGUAUGGCAAAUGCUAUCUUGGUCAGGUCGCUUUCACUCUCGUCAAAUUAUUCAGUCGUCAUGCAUCACCUUAUGGGCCGCACGACUUGGCCUUUUUUUAUUCACAAGAGUUCUUCGAGAAGGUGGAGACAGCAGGUUCAAUAAAGUCCGAGAUAAACCUGCAACGAUGCUUUUAUUUUGGACAAUACAAGGUGUAUGGGUUUACGCGACUACCCUCCCUACGCUCAUGUUAAACACCUCGAGAAAAAAUCCACCAUUGACCUGGAAGGACUAUCUUGGUUGGUCAAUGUGGACUGUGGGAUUCUGUAUUCAAGUGAUUGCUGACCAUCAAAAGAAUGUGUUUAGAAGUAACCCAGCCAAUCAUAAGAAAUUCAUCACAACAGGGUUAUGGAGCAUUGUUCGUUAUCCUAAUUAUCUUGGUGAAAUAUUGAUGUGGUUUAGUCUGUAUCUACCUGCAUCAUCCAUCAUGCAGGGCUGGCAAUAUCUUAGUAUUGCAUCUCCAUUAUUUGUUGCGUUUCUCUUAACAAAAGUGAGUGGCAUUCCAAUACAGGAAGCCCAAGCCAAACGUAGAUGGCUAAAUGAUUCUGGUUUUGAAGCUUACAAAUUAAAAACUGCUAAAUUACUUCCUGGUAUUUGGUGACACUAUAGUGCUAAUUUCUAGAUUAAUGUAAUUAUGUUAAAUCCUGAUUAAUGUUACUGUAGGAGUCUGUUCAUGUAUCAUAUAACAUUAUAAACAAUGGUGACAUUAUAGUGCUACAUGUAAUUGGUAGAUUAAUGUAAUUAUGUUAAAUCCUAAUUAAUGUUACUGUAGGAGUCUGUUCAUGUGAUCAUAUAACAUUAUAAACAAUGGUGACAUUAUAGUGCUACAUAUAAUUGCUAAAUUAAUGUAGUUAUGUUAAAUCCUGAUUAAUGUUAUUGUGGGAGUCUGUUCAUGUGAUCAUAUAGACAUGUAAUAUUGUAAACAAUUGCUGAUAUGAAUUAUACUAUUGUGAUUUGUGAUUGUAAGCUAAUGCAUCUUAUCUUUCACUCUUUAUACCGGUACUUAUCAAAUGCAAUCUAAAUUACCAUUUACGAUAAUAAGAAAAUAUCAGGGAGAUUUGUUCACUCAUAAUAGAAUGUGGCUGGUUUUUUCUUAAAUCAAACUGUU